CCACUAUUAUCCCCCUUAUGUCCUCUCAACUUAUGAGAAGUGGUUUUUAAGGAUCCUCAGAGAGAAUAGGAAAAGGGAUCGGGGAGGGGGAGCGGGAAACGGGCUUCCCUUGUUGUCCAGGGUCUUUCUGUGUUUCCCUUACUCUUCUUGGCUGUUGCUCUGGGACUAAAACCAGAGCCAGGGCCCCCAGAUUUCCUCCACAUACACACCUGGGGUACUCAAAGAGUGGUUGGUAAAAGUGGGAGGCCAAAUGGAGAAUAAACAGGUUGUCAUAUGGUUGAGUGAUUGGAGCCCAAGUACCCUACACAGGAAUGACUGGGGAGGAGGAGGAAAGAAUAGGGGAGGGGGUGGAGUUUUGUUACCUGUCACCUGCUCUGACUGUGCCUAGGGCGGGAGGGGGACUGGUAUAAAGCAGCAGGCACCAGCCCUGUUCCAGCGCACACACGCAGCGCCAGCCUUGAGUCUGUUUCUACCCCUUUCCCGCCUGUUCACCACCACCAUGACCCCGGGCAUACGGGUUCCUCUCCUCCUGCUGCUACUUCUAGCAAGCCUAAAAGUCCGCAGUGGUGCCUCCUCCUCAACCACCAGCCUUCCAGGGGACUCCUUCAGCACUGCAGUCCCCAGUGGUGCCUCUUCCUCAGCCACCAGCCCUCCAGUGGACUCCACCACCUCUCCAGUUCAUAGUAGCACCUCGUUCCCAGCCACCAGCCCUCCAGGAGACUCCACCAGCACUGCAGUCCUCAGUGGUGACUCAGAUCCAGCCACCAGCCCUCCAGGGGACUCCUCCAGCACUGCAGUCCCCAAUGGUGCCUCUUCCUCAGCCACCAGCCCUCCAGUGGACUCCACCACCUCCCCAGUUCAUAGUAGCACCUCGUUCCCAGCCACCAGCUCUCCAGGGGACUCCACCAGCACUGCAGUCACCAGUGGCACCUCUUCCUCAGCCACCAGCCCUCCAGAGGACUCCUCCAGCACUGCAGUCACCAGUGGCACCUCGUCCCCAGCCACCAGCCCUCCAGGGGACUCCUCCAGCACUGCAGUCACCAGUGGCACCUCGUCCCCAGCCACCAGCCCUAUAUUGGACUCCUCCAGCACUGCAGUCCUCAGUGGCACCUCGUCCCCAGCCACCAGCCCUCCAGAGGACUCCACCAGCACUGCAGUCACCAGUGGCACCUCGUCCCCAGCCACCAGCCCUCCAGAGGACUCCACCAGCACUGCAGUCACCAGUGGCACCUCGUCCCCAGCCACCAGCCCUAUAUUGGACUCCUCCAGCACUGCAAUCCACAGUGGCACCUCGUCCCCAGCCACCAGCCCUCCAGGGGACUCCUCCAGCACUGCAGUCCUCAGCGGUGCUUCCACCCAAACCACCAAGGCUGUAUCAGACUUAGCUAGCACUCCAACCCACAAUGGCAUCAUGGUCCCAACUACCUGGUCUGCAUUGAGCUCAGCCACCAGUCCGGUGUACAGUGGUUCCUCAGCUACAACUAAUAGCUCUGAAUCAGACAUGGCCACCACUCCAGUGUACAGUGGCACCCCAUUCUCUUCUACCACGGCUACGUCAGCUAUCACCCCAGACCACAAUGGCUCCUUGGUGCGAACUACCAGUUCUGUGUUGGGCUUAGCCACCAGUCCAGCCCAUGAUACCUCUGCGGUGGCCACAACUCCAGUCCGCAAUGACACUCAGUCUUCAGUUCCAAGUCAGCAGCCCAUCUCUCCCACCAUCCCCGCCAUCUCCAGCCACAGUACUGUUAGCAGCAGCUCUUACUACAGCACAGCGGUCUUCCCUACCUUCUCCAGUAACAGCUCACCCCAGUUGUCUGUCGGGGUCUCCUUCUUCUCGUUGUCUUUUUACAUUCGGAACCACCCAUUUAAUUCUUCCCUGGAAGACCCCAGCUCCCGCUACUACCAAGAACUGAAGAGGAACAUUUCCGGAUUGUUUCUGCAGGUUUUUAACGGAGACUUUCUGGGGGUCUCUACUAUCAAGUUCAGGUCAGGCUCGGUGGUGGUAGCAUCGACUGUGAUUUUCCGGGAGGGCACUUUCAGUGCCUCUGAAGUGAAGUCACAGCUCGUACAACAUAAGAAGGAGGCAGCUGACUAUAAUCUGACUAUCUCGGAAGUCAAUGUGAAUGAGAUGCAGUUCCCUUCCUCUGCCCAGUCUUGGCCUGGGGUACCAGGUUGGGGCAUUGCCCUGCUGGUACUGGUCUGUAUUUUGGUGGCUUUGGUCAUCGUCUAUCUCAUUGCCCUGGCAUUGUGCCAGUGCCGCAGAAAGAGCUAUGGGCAGCUGGACCUCUUUCCAACCCGGGACACCUACCAUCCUAUGAGUGAAUAUCCUACCUACCACACUCACGGACGCUAUGUGCCCCCUGCCACUACCAAACGUAGCCCCUAUGAAGAGGUAAAGUAUGUCCCGCAGGUUGGGGCAGCGACCUGGACUGGGUGGGGGCUUCUGAAGGGGUACUUGGGAAACCGGAGGAGCUCCAGAGAGGUGAGCAGUAGAAGGCCCAGCACGGUUGGGAAUGGAGGCAGAAUCCUGGGGGUCAGGCAGAAAAGGCUCCUUGGGAGACUACAGAAAAAAAAAGAAAUGUCUGCCCUGGGGUUGGGGAUUUAGCUCAGUGGUAGAGCGCUUACCUAGGAAGUGCAAGGCCCUGGGUUCUGUCCCCAGCUCCGAAAAAAAGAACCAAAAAAAAAAAAAAAAAAAGAAAGAAAUGUCUGCCCUACCCGUUUUCCCAGAAAAGCCUUGCUGUCUGCACCAUUUGUGCUGAUUCGGAUGCCCAGAGGUGAAGUGAGGGGUGCUGUCCCCGGGAGCCCCCACAUUCCUCUGGCCUCCUAGGGAGCCCCCACAUUCCUCUGGCCUCCUAGGGGUCGGGGAGUAGCUACAGAAAGCUGGGGUGGGAAGGCUCUGGUGAAAAAGAAGUUUCCUCUAGCUAGAGAGUGCUGAGGGAGUUCUUGGGAGUUUUUAGGAAAGAACGCAAGGCUCCCUCUCUUCCCUCCCUCAGGCCUUUUCCUACAGAAUCUAGUAAAUAAUUACUGUGGUCACCUGAGACCGGAAAGGCCAGUGGGUGGGAAAAGAGACAAGAAAGCCCUUUUCUCAAACCACUAUCCUCCUCCUCCAGAUCUACACACACACACACACACACACACACACACACACACACACACACACACACACACACACACACACACAGGGCCCCUUUGGUCCAGAAGAUCAAAAAAUAAAAGGAGAGAAAGACAGAAGACAGGCGGGGCCUUGGAGAGGGCUAUGGACUCACUGCCAAGUAGGGGGGAGGGGACUGUGGAGUUGUGUGUUUACAGUCACCUGGCUGCUCUGGGGCCAGCCGGUGCACACUGAAUUAACCCCUUGAGAGCUUGUCAGGACCCUAGUCCCAGGUGCCAUUGUUUCCUACCUGGAAGAUUUUUUUUAAAGAUUUAUUUUAUAUGAGUACACUGUCACUGUCUUCAGACACACCAGAAAAGAGCAUCGGAUUCCAUUACAGAUGGUUGUGAGCCACCAUGUGUUUGUGGGGAUUGAACUCAGGACCUCUGGAGGAGCAGACAGUGCUCUUAAUCGCUGAGCCAUCUCUCCAGCCCUACCUGGAAGAUUCUUUUACCUUCAAUUU